AUGGCAACCUCUACCUGCGAAGCAGACUUUAAUCUCCACUAUGCUCUGCAACUUUCAAGUGCAUCGGUACUGCCUAUGGUUUUGAAAGCAGCAGUAGAGCUAAGUGUGUUUGAGAUCAUAGAAAAAGCUGGUCCUAAUGCCUUGCUCUCAGCUUCAGAAAUUGUCUCUCAACUUCCCACUCAGAACAACCCAGAUGCCCAUAUUGUGCUAGACCGUAUCCUAUCCCUACUCGCAAGCCAUUCUAUUCUUACUUGCUCUCUGUCCACCAAGAAUCAGGACGGUCAAUCCCAAAGGUUAUAUGGAUUGGCACCUGUGGCUAAAUACUUUACCAAGAACCAAGAUGGAGGGUCAUUGAGCCCCUUUUUAGCUAUGAUUCAGGACAAAGUCAUGAUGGAUAUGUGGUACCACCUAAAAGAUGCAGUUCUCGAAGGAGGGAUUCCAUUCGACAAGGCGCAUGGGAUCAAUGCUUCAGAGUAUUUAAAGAAAGAUCCCAAAUUUGCUGAACUAUUCAGUGGCUCCAUGAAAAGUUUCAACCCUAUAUUUAUGGAGACAAUUCUGGAGAUAUAUGAUGGCUUUGAAGGUCUAAAAUGUUUGGUGGAUGUGGGCGGUGGCAAUGGUUCUAUCCUUAACAUGAUCAUUUCUAAGUUCCCUACUAUUAAGGGCAUCAACUAUGAUUUGGCUUCAGUUGUGGAGAGCUCGCCAUCCUAUCCCGGUAUUGAGCAUGUAGCAGGGGAUGCGUUCGUCAGCAUUCCGAAAGGAGGAGAUGCCAUUUUCAUGAAGUGGAUAACUCAUAACUGGGAUGAUGAGCACUUGUUAAAACUGCUGAAGAAUUGUUAUGAAGCUCUACCAGACAAUGGAAAAGUGAUAGUAGUGGAUAUUGUAGUUCCAGAAACCCCUGAAACCAGUGUUGCAGCUAAAAGCAUGCUACAGAACUAUUUGUUCAUCACAAGCAUGAAUCCUCAAGGAAAGGAGAGGACAGAAAAAGAAUUUGAAAGCUUGGGUAAAGAAGCGGGAUUUUCUAGUGUUCGAGUUGCUUGUUCUGCCUGUAACUUUUCAUUAGUGGAGUUCAUCAAAAGAAUGUGA